GCGGCUGAGCCGAGAGAGGGCAGGGGCGCCGCCACCAGCACCACCGCCUCCGAAGUUCCCCCUUGUGGGUGCACGGCCCCGGCCGGUCGCUCUGCUGGCCCCCGGGCGCAGAGGGGCCCCAAGAGGCCGGAGGAGCGGGCUCGGGACGGUAUUUCUGAGGAAGGGGAGAGGACGGGCGCCCCACCCGCAGGAAGGCUGGGGGGCUCGGUGAACGAUGAAGGGCCGGCGGCGGCGGCGGCGGGAGUACUGCAAGUUUGCGCUGCUUUUGGUGCUGUACACGCUGGUGCUGCUGCUCAUCCCCUCCGUGCUGGACGGCGGCCGCGACAGCGACAAGGGCGCCGGGCACUGCCCGGGCGUGCAGCGCAGCCUGGGAGUCUGGAGCUUGGAGGCGGCGGCGGCGGGCGAGCGCGAGCAGGGCGGGGAGGCGCGACCGGCUGCAGAGGGGGACGUGGGCCAGUCCCCCGGGUCCCCGGGCAACCUGAGCGGCGCCGUCGGGGAGGCGGCGUCUCGCGAGAAGCAGCACAUCUAUGUGCAUGCCACCUGGCGCACCGGCUCGUCGUUCCUGGGCGAGCUCUUUAACCAGCACCCGGACGUUUUCUACUUGUACGAGCCCAUGUGGCAUCUAUGGCAGGCUCUGUAUCCGGGCGACGCCGAGAGCCUGCAGGGCGCGCUGCGCGACAUGCUGCGCUCGCUCUUCCGCUGCGACUUCUCGGUGCUGCGGCUGUACGCGCCGCCGGGGGACCCCGCCGCGCGCGCCCCGGACGCAGCCAAUCUCACCACGGCCGCCCUCUUUCGCUGGCGGACCAACAAGGUCAUCUGCUCGCCGCCGCUCUGCCCCGGCGCGCCCCGUGCCCGCGCUGAGGUCGGCCUCGUCGAGGAUGCCGCCUGCGAGCGCAGCUGCCCGCCCGUGGCUCUCCGCGCCCUGGAGGCCGAGUGUCGCAAGUAUCCGGUGGUGGUCAUCAAGGACGUGCGCCUCCUCGACCUGGGCGUGCUCGUGCCUCUGUUGCGCGACCCCGGCCUCAACCUGAAGGUGGUGCAACUUUUCCGCGACCCGCGGGCCGUGCACAACUCGCGCCUCAAGUCCAGGCAGGGGCUGCUGCGCGAGAGCAUCCAGGUGCUGCGCACCCGCCAGCGGGGCGACCGCUUCCACCGCGUGCUGCUGGCGCACGGCGUGGGCGCUCGGCCCGGGGGCCAGUCCCGCGCCCUGCCCCCUGCGCCGCGCGCCGACUUCUUCCUGACCGGCGCGCUCGAGGUCAUCUGCGAAGCCUGGCUGCGCGACUUGCUGUUCGCGCGCGGCGCGCCCGCCUGGCUGCGGCGCCGCUACCUGAGGCUGCGCUACGAGGACCUGGUGCGGCAGCCGCGCACCCAGCUGCGCCGCCUGCUGCGCUUCUCUGGGCUGCGCGCGCUCGCCGCGCUCGACGCCUUCGCGCUCAACAUGACGCGGGGCGCGGCCUAUGGCGCCGACCGACCCUUCCACCUGUCGGCGCGCGACGCCCGCGAGGCCGUGCACGCCUGGCGCGAGCGCCUGAGCCAAGAGCAGGUACGCCAGGUGGAGGCGGCCUGCGCUCCCGCCAUGCGUCUGCUGGCCUACCCUCGCAGCGGAGAGGAGAGCGACCUGGAGCCGCCCGCGUAUGAGGAGAAGCCGCCUGAGACCGAGGCCGACGGCGCCACGUAGCCUCCCCACGCGCGCCCCCGGGACGGAUCGGAUUCCACGUAUAAGGAAGAUCCUACGGUACUUGUCUUUCUCCGACUUGUUUCCUACGCAUAAUGUCCUCAAGGUCCAUCCCGACUCUCACGAGGGGCAAGAUUUCCUUCUGGUUGAUGGCCGACUGAUACCCCGCUGUGUGUCGACAAGCCACGUCAUCCCUGUCCAUGCAGCCGCUGAUGGAUGCUUGGGCGGUGUCUUCCACGGCUUGGCUACUGUGAAUAAUGCUGCAGUGACCAGGGGGGAGCAGGUUAUCUUUUUAAGUUAGUGUCUUUGUUUCCUUUGCGUAAGUACCCAGAAGUGGAAUUCCCGGAUCACAUGGUAGCUCUAGUCUUCAUUAUUCUGAGGCACUCCACGCCAUUUUCCAUUAAGUGGCCGCACCAAUUUCCAUUCCCACCAUCUGUGGGCAGGGGCCGUGCUGUAAUGGAUUUCAGGUCCAGAAACCUGAGAGCUAUGAUGAGACUGUCCAGAACGUGACUUUGAAGAAGACAGUGAAGAGAAUUCACAAGUUCCAGAUUUUCAGUCACUCUUUUGGCUUUUUAAAGCAUUUAUUUGCCUGAAAGAGGGAGGGAGACCGCACACGCAGGGGGAGCGGCAGAGGCAGAAGGAGAAGCAGACUCCCCGCUGAGCAGGGAGCCCGAUGUGGGGCUCGAUCCCAGGACCCCGGGAUCAUGACCUGAGCCGAAGGCAGAUGCUUCACCAACUGAGCCCCCCAGGUGCCCCAAGUCACCGUUUUGGACAAUUGCUUGAAGUCGGUCAGGCUCUGGAGAGAGCACACCAAGGGAACUUGUUUGCUGCUUUCCGCCCCCUCUCCACCAGUUCCUGGCCACCAGCCGAGGGCCCGAAUAGCACCUGUGUUUGAAGAGUCUCCAGACAGACUGCGUUUAAUAACUAAUAAGGGCAUGUUUUUCUUCCCGUAAACUACUUAGAUUUUUAGGAAUUUUUUUGGUAUCUCUGUGCCUGUUAAAGAGGGGAGCAGAGGUUGCUUUUCAUUCUAAACCUUUAAUUUUCAAGAAAUGUGGACUUUUUCUAGACAGAAGUUGUAUAUGCUCUUUGGUAAUUUGAAAGUCUGGGAAUACUGGCUUGCUGACUGUUGCCAUCCUGUUCUUAAAACAAUUAUUUUCCAUUUUUCUAUGGAAUGUUCCCACAGCUAGCAGUGCCUAAAGCGCUGCUGAAUUCAUGCAUUCAUCCUUUAGAGGAUCCGAAAUGUUUAGGGAAAGAUUUAUGGGCUUAAGCAAGGCCCUAAUGCCAGCUCACUGAAAUAAAUCUGUACCUAGUCAUAUUAAACUUGGUGAUGCAUUAUUUAGCUUUUGUUUAGGGGCUUCUCUGAUGGUCUUUUAUGAAUCAUCUUUUCUAAGACACUGUUCCCUUUGCCGUGUUUGUACCAGUGUUUCAGAAACUAGUGGACCUGAUUCUUCUGCUUCCGCUAAAUCUAGUUGUGACAAAACCUUAUUUGUGAGGUAUGAUGUAAAGGUUACAGAAAUGGGGGCGCCUGGGUGGCUCAGUCCGUUAAGCGUCCGACUCUUGAUUUUGGCUCAGGUCACGAUCUCAGGGUCGUGAGAUCGAG